UGAUUUGUUGAUUCACCAGCGAAGGGAGAUGGAUGGGUCAUGGCAUUGCUGGAUUUUGGGAGUCAUUCUUCUUCUGCAAUUGUUUCCUGACAGUCAGGCCUGGGGAGAUGCGGGUCACUAUGCUGUUUGCAAAAUAGCGGAGGAAUACCUGACCAAAGAUGCUCGAGUUGCAGUGAACGCGUUGCUUCCUGUUUCUGCAGAGGGUCAUCUUGCAAAUGUAUGCUCCUGGCCUGAUGACAUUCGACGAACUGACCGCUCUUACAGCUGGAGUACUGCUUUACACUUUGUUAACCCUCCGGAUUCAACCUGUAACUAUGAUUACAGCAGAGACUGCCAUGAUUCUGCUGGAAAUAAAGGUAGAUGUGUAACUGGAGCAAUUUAUAACUAUACCACGCAACUGACAUCACCCAACGCAGUGUUGAAAUACAAUUUAACAGAAGCACUGAUGUUCUUGUCUCAUUUCAUUGGCGAUAUCCAUCAGCCUUUACAUGUUGGUUUCGUCGGAGACUUAGGUGGAAAUAGGAUAGUAGUAAACUGGUACGAUACCAAGACAAACCUUCACCGUGUAUGGGAUGACAAGAUAAUUGAUUCUGCCCUGGAGAAAUUUUAUAACUCAGAUGUUGAAACCAUGAUUCAAGCCAUUCAAAAGAACAUCACAGAUAAUUGGUCCACAUCAUGGGCAUUCUGCAGAUCUAAUCAGACAGUUUGUCCAAAUCUGUAUGCAUCUGAAAGCAUCAGUGCAACAUGCAAGUAUGCAUAUCCUAACGCCAGUGCUGGAAGCAAUCUUGGAGAUGAUUACUUCUAUUCUCGGCUUCCUAUCGUCGAGUUGAGACUUGCACAAGGCGGGGUUCGGCUGGCUGCUGUCCUGAACAACAUUUUUGCUUCCAAAGCAAAAAUUGCUCAAGCAUGAAGAUAAGGGAUGGAGAGGCAUUGUCCUCAGUUGAUAAUCACAAAGUGGGGACCAUUGCAUCAUUUCUCUAUAUAUGUUUAUCUUCUUCUAGGCAAAUGACCAUGUUCCUAGUAAAUUAUCUGUACUCCUUUUGUUUAUUAGAAUAAGCAAAGUCAAACAAUGUGUUCUGUAUGAAUACCUAACUCAAGUGGUUGCCUUAAUAUAUUUAUAUGCCCCUGUUUCUUGUGCUAAAAGUAAGCUUUGAGGAUACUUAAAAAUGUAGAGGCUUUUGCUUGCACUCAA